UUUCUUUUCUUGUCUAAUGAAGUAGAGUGCAAACGGAAAGGAACGGUGUUGCAUGUCACGUCACGAACGGAUGGGUACACGGUACAUAUGCUACAGUUACACGCGCUACACAGGUGAGACCAAGCGACGCCCCGCCCGCCACUAGCUAGCUUUCGUCGGGUCCCUUUAUAUAACUCACGAGCCACAUGCCAACGGGUCGCCUCGCCUCCGUCCAAGACACUUGUGAGUUGUGAGCCGCGCGCGCGACACGACACAAGUCACAAGUGGAGCGCGUGCGAGGAUGAGCCCCAGCGCCGCGGCCAAGAUGCGGCUCGGCGGCGGCGGCGGCGGUGGCGGUUUCAUGCUCGGGUGCGGCUGCAGGGAUGCCAAGGCUGUGGCAGUGGCGGUGUCCGCCACGUCGCCGUGUUCCGCCGCCACGGAGACGUCCACGGCCACCACGGCGACCUGGCGCAGGGCCCGGACGCACCCGUCGGCGUCGGCGUCGGCGUCGACGGGCACGCUGACCGUGCCGUCCGCCUCGUCGUCCUUCCUGUGGGACGAUGCCGACGCUGAGGCCGACGGCGAAGAGGUCGACUUCAAGCGGGAGAGCUCUGCGACCACGCCGAGCUUCUCCGGCCUUCUGCGGCAGCUGAACGAGCUCGAGCAGAGCGUCAUGACGUGGGGGUGGAAGAGCCCUCGCCGCGGUAAUCACUUCUCGCCACCGCCGCCGCCUCCUCCGCCACCGCCGUUACCUUUACGGCCAGUCGUCCUGCACCGAGCUGUGGACGCCGGCGGGAAGCGCAGCAACAAAGAAGACGAUGCCAAGUUCUCUUCGCCACCGCCGUCUUCCCAUUGCCCGACGACCCAGCUGCACCGGAAGGUGAAGAGCGUUGACCAACGAAACAGAGAAGAUGAUGAAGCCCACUUCGCGCCACCGGCACCUCCGCCAUUGCCCUUGCCGCCGCAGCAGCUGCGGAACGUGAAGGGCGUGGACAAAGGCGGCAGCAAAGAAGACAGCAAGCACUGUCCGCCACCACCGCAGGCGCCGAAGCACCGGAAAACGAAGAGCUGCGACAACAACGACGGCUUCACCGCCGGAAAGCUCGACGGGAGCUUGGCGGUGGUGAAACAGUCCGAGGACCCACGCGGCGACUUCCGGCGGUCGAUGCUGAACAUGAUCGUGGAGAACCGCAUCGUGACCGGCGACGAGCUCCGGGAGCUGCUCCACCGCUUCCUCGAGCUGAACGCGCCGCACCACCACGACGCCAUCCUCCGGGCCUUCGCCGAGAUCUGGGACGAGGUGUUCGCCGGGCCGGACGAGCCCCGUCACGGUCCCCCGAGGCCGCCGCCCCGGCAGAGAACGCCACCUCGCCGCCGGCACCCUCUACCGGCUUGGCGCCUGUAGUAACCCCACACAUGGAUACUUACCGCGUAGUAUGUACAAUGUAGAUUACUGUACUAGGUUGCGUCCAAGAAAUUCUCGGCCUCAUCUGAUCACGUAUCUACCGGAAUUGUUUCUGUCACCAGAUUCACCUCUCGUGCAUUUAGUACAGUACUACCUAGUGGUCGUACUUGGUACGUGCAACUCUCCCAUUUUGUUACCGUCUGUCUCCUGAUUUACCAA